GUUAAAAUAUUCGUGUUCGUUAUUCAAAGAGCAGUUUUCGUUUUGCUUAAUUUAAUUUACUAAAAACUUAUUUACAUAAUUUGUUACAUUUUUAAGAAAAUGAGUAUUAAAGCAAUUCAGAAAAAACAAUCUGAAAGUAAUUUGAAAGAGUUUAAAACAGUAAUAAUUCCUCCAGUUGAUUCAAUUGUUGACAGUAAAUUUGAAAAAAGUCAAGAUGAAGAGGAAAAAAUUGAAAUAGAUAAAUCAAAUAUUGAAAAGAAUACUUUUAAAAUGGCCGCUGAAGAAAUGGAUACUGAGAUAAAGGAAUUAAUUAAUACUAGAGAAAUGUUAAAAAUCAAUAACACUCUCGUAUUCAACAAAAAUCGGGAACUAAAAGCAUUAAUAGAAACCAAGCAAGAACGCUUAAAAGAACUUCAUAGACUUCGAGAAAGGGAUAAUGAGAAGAUUCAAAUAUUAGAGAAGCAAUUAGACGUUUCUCAAAAUAAAGGAAAAAUAUUAGCAGAUCAGUUAUUCCGAAUGAAAGAAGGCGGUACUUCAUUAAGUAAAUUAAAAACUGCGGCAGAAUAUAGAGAAGAAACGAAAGAAAUAAAUAGAAAGUUGAAAAAAGAAGAGCACGAAAUCGAUUCCCUCAAUCACCAUAUAAAAAACAUGAAAAAUAAAGAAAUUGAACUGAAAGAAGAAAUUUCAAAUCAACUUAAAACAAUAUCAUCUCUCAAAUAUGAAAUGGAAAAACUAGACUCUAAAAUAGAAAUGGUAAAUAAUCAAAUUGAAAUAGCAACGAAUGCUGUUUCUGAAGAGAAUAAAACGUAUGAAAAAUUACAAAAGGAAGACGAAUCGUUAAGACAAGAAAUUGAGAAAAAGAAAGAAAAAUUUGAAUCAAUAGAAGAUGAAUUGUCUGAGAACUUGAAAAGUUUGGACUUAGAAAAAAAUGAAUUAGAACAAGAAAGGAUACAAAUGGAAAUUUUAAAAAAUAAACAUGAAACAUUAAAUGCAACUUUAGAAGAAGAUAAAAAAAUAUUUAAUGCACAUCAGAACACAAUAGCAAAAUUACAAGAUGAUUUGGCAAAACUUGUUACAGAACACAAGAAAAGAGAAGAACUUUUAUUAAAUUAUAAAGAUCAACUUCAUAAUAAAGCAAAGGAGAAAGGGUUAUUAGAGAAAAAGAUACAAAAAUUAGAAAAUUCUAUAGCGUUAAUUGAAAAGAAAAAUGAUGAUGAUGAUGCUACAAUCAAUGAUUUAGAGAAAGAUAUUUCAAAUAUGAAACAUACAGCUGCUGAACUCGAGAACAUCGUACAAGAUAUGACAAAACAGCAAUCCAUUGAAAACGAUGAAUUGCAAAAAAUAUAUGUAGAAAAAGAGUUACAAGAAAAUCUUCUUAAAAUCAGUAAAAGAAAAGUUCAAGCAAUUACAAAAAAUGUUGAAGAUGUGAAAAAAGAAAAUAACAAAUUAGAAAAAAUAAUAGAGAAAAAUGAAAAAGAAACAACAGAUUUUUAUAUAAAAAAUUGCGCAUUAGUUAAACAGCUUAAAACAUUAUUUAGACAAAUUCAAAGUAUGGAAUAUAAGCAUCAAGAACUAAUCAAAGAAAUCGAAGACCAAGAAAAAGAAACUGCUAAACUUAAAAAACAAUGGGAACAAUUAAGCAUAGAAAAGAAUCAGUAUUUAAGAAAUUACUCGGAAUUAAAGGUAAAAAAAGCAAAUUAA